UUAUUAUACAAUCACCCGUGUAGUGGUAAUACGUGUCUAUCACCUGUUAACUAUAUACAAAUUUCUAGGGUUUGGAGAAUGAGGUCGUCGAAGAUGGCGUCUGCAGAUGUUAAGCUAGAGGAUUACGUCGAUCAACUCCUCCCUGUUCUUCAUAACAUGGAUGUUUCUGCACCAAAUUCAGCUACAACGGAGGCAAAUUUAACAGAUAUCCCCGUCACUAGUGCAAAAUGGAAGCUUUCCAAACCCAAAUAUAAUAAUAAAGUAUCUGAUACUAUGAAAUAUGAUGAAAGCCUGGUUGGUACAAAAAUCAAAGUCUGGUGGGAUUUAGAUCAAAUGUAUUAUGAAGGUGUUGUUGCUGAAUUUUAUCAUGCUCAAAAGAAGCAUAAGGUCUCAUAUGUGGAUGGAGAUGAAGAGACAUUGGAUCUGAGAACAGAAAAGUGGGGAAUUUUGAAGGAGUUUUGUGUGCGGAAUGACGACGAGGAGCCAAACACUGAGGUUCAUAGUGAAGAAGGUUUCCCUGAUAUACACAAGAAGAAAAAAUCAAAAACAGAUCCUGCUGUGUCUCAAGAAAAGAUCAAAGAUUCAGCCAAGAAGGUCGCCGAUGUCUCUUCAUCUGGCGGGUCAAAAGGCUCAACUCCAAAAGAUAAUCAGUCAACACUAAAAACUAGUAGCAAGACGAAGAAAGUCAACAAGUCAAAGGGCAAAACCCCUCCAAGUAGCAGCGAGUUCAAUACCAGUGGUCCCACCAAGGCUGAGAAGAUGGAGUAUGACAAAGAGAAAGAUGGGAGAAAAUUAUGUCUUGAAGAUAGAAGGCUGAGGUUGGAGGCAAAGAAGUUGAGGUUUAAAGUAGAUAAAGCGCAAAGUAAAAUCCGACAAGAGGACGAAAGACUGAAGUUAGAGGCUGAGAAAAUGAAACUUCUGAAAAAGGAAUCGGAUAUACUAAUUAUGAGGAUGGAUACGAGUGUCAUGCCAAAAAUGCAGCGACUGUAUUUUGAGGAACUUCAGAAGGAAAUCACAACGAGAGGUGAUCAUGCUUAACAUAAUUAGCUUUAGCAUCGAAGACUGGUUAUAGUUCGUACAUAUAUGAUUUAGAAUGUUCAGCUUACUUGAUGACAACCUCGUAGUUAUGCGCUUUAGGUGCUACAUGGAAACAUUACCGGCUAUUUUAUGGUGUUGUAUGUUCUAAGAGUCAUAUGCUGCUAAUGCUAUCAUGAAUGUUCCAUGUACGUUGCUCAUUUGUUAAGGAAUUUGAUGUCGGCAUUUGAACU